AUUAGUAGAAUGCAGUGUUUAUUACUGUUUGGAGCAAGUAUAUAUAAAUUGAUGGGAAUGGCACCGCUGAUUCAGUCGUGACUAGGACUAGUGCAAGAUGCAACUGUUGGAACAUAACGCAAUGCGUUCGUCCAUAAUAUUGCUGCUAUUCGCUUUCGGCGCGUUAGCUUACGACAACGAUGUUGAGGAAGUCGACAAUUUAAAUACAGGAAUAAUUAUUCCCAUUAAAAACGGCGUUCUUCAAGUAAACAUCAUUAAUCGCAUCAUCAUUCUCAAUCUUACGAAAAAUGACGGCGAGAAUAUGAUAAACGUUUUUUAUACAAAGACUCCGCCGCAAACUCUAUCAAAACCCUUCGUGCUUGAACAGAAUUGUGGCGGUAAUAAUAGACUUUGCGUAAAAAGUGCCAACGUUACGCACACUACCAUUUAUGCUAGUACGGAUCAUGAGAUCAUCAGCGUUACUCGUGUGGUAGCUGAUCCCGUCGCCGAGCUUGCCGAUUGUUACCAGUUCACCGAGGGUACGCAAUGGUUCGGUGGCCCGCAACACCGUUAUCAGCGUUGGCCCAUACAGCCCAUGUACUACGAGGAAGAGCCGUAUCUACCAACGCAUUCUACAAACAUGGCAUUGUCCGAGCGUUACUGGUUAUCUGGCAAAGGAGUCUACAUCUACGUGAACGAGACAAAUCCGCUAUUCCUAGAUCAGAACAAUUACCGAGACAAUUAUCUAUGUCUGAUCGCAAAGAAUAAGGCGCCCUAUCGACAUCGCGCUAGCGUCCAACUUGACUAUGAGCUAGGUGUCUUUCUAAAUCCGAAGGCCGCUCAUCAGCACGUGGUGAAAACCCAUUUGGGUAAACCGACGGGUCGUCCCAACGAAAGGAUGAUUCGACAUCCCAUAUGGUCUACCUGGGCCAGAUACAAAGCUAACGUAACUGAGAAAGUCGUGGAGUCUUACGCGGACGAGAUUAUCGCCAAUAAAUUCAACAACAGUCAAAUUGAAAUUGACGACAAUUGGGAAACCUGUUACGGCUCUGCCGUGUUUGAUUCGAUCAAGUUUCCCAAUGUCAGCGCCCUAGUGCGGCGAUUGAAACAGAAAGGCUAUCGCGUCACUUUAUGGAUACAUCCAUUCAUCAACCGAGGCUGCGAACCCGCAUACUCCACUGCAUUGAACAACUCAUAUUUUGUCAAAAAUCUCGACGGAAGCGUUCAAAUGUCGUGGUGGCAAGGUGUGGACGCUGCCACGAUCGAUUUCACGAAUCCGAAGGCGGUAAGUUGGUGGGUGACGCGAUUGAAGCUCCUUCAGAAUCUUGGCAUUGAUAGCUUCAAAUUCGAUGCCGGUGAAGUAUCCUGGUUGCCGCAGGUGGCAACGUUGAACGGCUCACUUGAUAUGCAGCCCGGAAUAUUCACGACAGACUACGUCAAGGCGUUAACAGCCAAUUUCAAUGAUUAUAUCGAGGUGCGAGUAGGAUGGCGUAGCCAGGAAUUACCGAUAUUCGUUCGGAUGAUCGACAAAGACACCAGAUGGACGUGGAACAAUGGUCUGCCCACGCUAAUCACGACGCUGCUACAGAUGAAUCUCAACGGUUAUGUCCAUGUGUUACCGGACAUGAUCGGUGGCAACGGCUACCUGGACGGUUCACUUAAUGGCACGGAAUAUCCGCCUAAAGAGCUUUUUAUUAGAUGGUUGCAAGCUAACGUUUUCAUGCCGUCGUUGCAAUAUUCCUUCGUGCCGUGGGAUUUCGACAAUGAAACCAUCGCUAUUUGCAAGAAAUAUACCGAUUUACAUGCUAAUUACACGCCAGAGAUUCUAAACGCCAUGCAGCAGGCUGUCACCAACGGCACGCCGGUAAAUCCACCUAUCUGGUGGGUCGACCCAACUAAUAAGGAAGCUCAUAAAAUUAAUGAUGAAUAUCUCCUUGGAGAAACUAUACUGGUUGCUCCCGUAAUUGAAGAAGGUGCCAUUAGUCGCGAUGUCUAUUUUCCAGCGGGAACAUGGCUUGAUCUAAAUCGAGGAACGAUCAUCAACGGACCAAAAUGGCUGAGAAACUAUCCUGCUCCCUUAGACAUACUUCCAUACUUCCAGAAAUAUCAGUAAUGAUGUUAAAGAGAAUUAAAGUCUCAUAUAUAAAAUAUUUAUUUGUACAAAUGAAUAUAAAAUGUCUUGCUAUGUACAAUCACAAAUUUUUAUUCGAAAAUCGUAUGUAUGUUUUCCUGCAUAACAUAGAAAUAUAUUAACCAACAAAU